CUUUCCUUUCACUCGCUCACUCACUGCGAGAGAGAGAGAGAGGAGAACAGAGGAGAGAGCAUUUUCAGGCGGAAGCUCCAUCCAGCGGGAGAUUUCUUCGAGCAGCCGGAAGUUUUCAGAGGAGGAGCUUUUGCCGUCUGCGGCUUCUUGGAAUGGCUCGGUUCCUCCUGGCGUUUCUGCUCGCGGUCCCCUGGAUUCUAGCAUCGGCCGAUGACGGCCUGCUCACGAACGGAAAUUUUGAGACGCCACCGCCCAAUGGCUUUCCAAACGGUGGUUUGGAGGUAGCUGAUGUCUUGAUCCCGGGGUGGCGAACCAACGGAACGGUGGAGUUGGUCCAGUCUGGGCAGAGGCAGGGUAGCAUGAUCUUAAUUGUGCCCGAGGGGUCUCAUGCUGCGAGGCUUGGCAAUGAUGCGGAGAUUGGGCAGUCUCUAAAUCUCGAGAAGGGUUCCACUUACGCCGUUACUUUUAGUGCGGCUAGGACGUGUGCACAGCUCGAGUCCCUUAACAUAUCCAUCCCACCGGUCUCUUCUCAGACUGUUGAUCUUCAGACUCUCUACAGCGUCCAUGGAUGGGACUCAUAUGCCUGGGGGUUCAUUGCAAAUACUGCAAAUGAUUAUUUGGCAUUUCGGAACCCCGGAAUGGAGGAUGAUCCCACAUGUGGGCCUAUUCUUGACAACAUUGCCAUAAAGCAAAUUACCACACCAGAGAAACCCAAAGACAAUGCUGUUGUCAAUGGUGAUUUUGAAGAAGGCCCAUGGAUGUUCCGCAAUGUAUCACUAGGAGUCUUGCUCCCAAACAACCUCGACGCAGAAACCUCUGCGCUACCUGGGUGGACUGUGGAAUCCAACAGGGCCGUCCGGUACGUUGACUCCUAUCACUACUCUGUGCCUCAAGGAAAACGCGCCGUCGAAUUGCUCUCUGGCAAAGAAGGCAUCAUAUCUCAGAUGAUUGAAACCUCGCCGGAGAAGCGUUACACCCUCGCUUUCUCCGUAGGAGAUGCCGGGGAUUCAUGCCAGCAGCCACUGGCAGUAACAGCAUUUGCCGGCGACCAGGCAAUGAACAUACAUUAUGCGCCCAUGGGCAACAUGACCUACCAGCCGGCCAACCUCUCAUUCACUGCCAGGGCCGAGAGGACGCGGAUUGCAUUCUACAGUGUGUACUACAACACGCGCACAGACGACCACAGCUCACUCUGCGGUCCGGUGGUCGACGAUGUUCGAGUGUGGGAAGCAUCGGGAGCAGCGGCCGGCCGUCAGGGUGGUGGGGCUCUGCUGCUUGGCCUUGUGGUGUAUAUGGUUUUCAGCUUGUGUUUUGGUAUGUGAGCUUAGUUCCUUCUCAAGUGGUGUUAGCAUUCGUGGAAGGUGUGGAUGCGGGGCAUUUUAUGGUACUUGCAGCAGGUGUUUUGGGUUCUUCCUGGCUCAGUUUGGCUCAUGGCAACCGUGGGCUCCGGGCUAAGGAUGUUAGAAGGUUUUUGUUGUGGUUUACUGCCUUGCUUUAAGAAACCAUGUCUAGGGCUAGUGAAGGGCGAUGUGCAUAUGAGCAUCUAUAUGGGUGUUUUGAAUGUUUUUGUGGGCCUUAAUUUCCACACGCUGCCAGUAGGCUGUUUAACGAACCGAAGGAACUGAACGCUGCAUCGAACUCUCGGCUCAUGUUCAAUCACUAGUCCAGCUCAGUCACUUAAUAGUAAACAUGGCUUGUUCGGGCU